UUAUUUCGUACCGAUCCCUAGCGCUACUGACCGCUGAUUCAUUUUAAUUAACUCUAGAUAACACAUAAUGUUUUGCAGUUAAACUAAAUAUCCUCAGUCUGUCGUUAAAGUUCGACAAAAUGAGGUGUUACGCGCUGUUGUUUGUGUUGCUAUUGUGUGCUGUAGUGAUAGAUUCUCGCAGAAGAUAUGCGUACCGGUAUUAUAGAAGAAAUAAUAAUAUUAAGCAGACACCUCCUCAUUGCACAACAGUAACAAAAGAAACGGACUACCAGUCGAAGUUUAAAUACGAUUAUCCCAUCGCUUACAUUGUACCAGGUCAACACGAAGCUUAUCAACAGCUAUUCUGCGUGAAUCCUCCCGCUGUGCACAAAGCCGUGGCGAAGGUGUGUGACUGGGCAGCACCCCCACAAGUCCAGUUUACUCUGGGUGAUGAAUACAUGCAUGUUGUGCGUCAGGAUCCUACCGGCCGCUUCCUCGGCAACGCCGUCAUCACGACUUACCAACUGUGCACUCAUGACCAUAGAGUGGAUUCUCGCAACGACACUAAAGCCGUUUCUGUUGCCGCUGUGCCGUGAUACAUUUGAUUGUAUUAAAUAAAUAUUACGUAUAUUUUCUGAUAAA